CAGACGGGGAUCUUGGUUUCAUGCUUUGCAGGGGACAUCUACCAUUACAUGAGAGUGAAUCAGAGCGAUGACAUUGUUUCUAAGUAGCAGCUCACUGCUCCUAUAUAUGACCACCCCUUUUUGAAGAGAGGCUAUUCACCUGUCUGUGGGACAAAAGGGGAAACUGACAGCGGGAUAAAACUUGAGUUAGUCCGGGGUGGUGUUGACAUUUCAGGUCACAGGAAAUUAGGGAUUAAUCCUGGAUGGUCGCUAAAGGGCAAUCCAACAUGGUGGGAUAGAAAAGGGAGAAUGAUGCAACUCUGACGCAUAUCCUGCUUUAUCUUGGCUGACAUGAGGAUUUGAACUUCACUGAGUGCUGAUUACUGUUUGAAAUCCUGAAAUAUUUCAUCACAAUCCCAUGUCCAAUGGAGAACAAACACCCAGCCAUUGCAGGGAAAGAGAGAGGACCAGGACCCGGGCGCUAUAGACUCCCUCCCACCAUUGGAUUUAUUGGGCAUGACUUCACAAAACCAGCCUGUCCAGCCUACUCUUUCCAUGGCAGGAUUAAUAAUAGCAUGCUUUCUGUUGACUCCAGUCCUGGACCUCUAUAUAAUGUCGAUGCAAAAAUGACCCGCUUUGGAAAGGAUGGCACACCUGCAUAUUCAAUGAGGACAAGAAUAAAAGCACAAAUAGAAGAGUUAUUCAGCACUCCUGGACCUGGUGCAUACAGUCCUGAGAAAGCACCACCUUGCAACCUGCAGCGCAGACCUCCAUGCUACACCAUGGGCUCUCGCACCCGCUACCGCAGCGCAGACCCAGUCCCCGCUCCCAACAAGUACAGCCUGCCCCCACUCAUCGGCUCUCAUAUCCCCAACAAGAGAGCCAGCGCAAGUUACACCAUCCCAGGUGCUUUCAGCAUCGGGGGACCGUCUGUUGAUUUAGCAAAGACCCCUGGACCCUGCAGAUACAACAGUACGGACCCAAGUGUUUAUCUGCGUCGGCAGCCUGCGUUUUCCAUGCUGGGGCGUCAAAACUUACCAAAAGACAAGAGCAAAAAACCUGGUCCAGGGGCUUAUAAUCCUGAGAACGUCACAGCUCACAAGACCAAAGCACCUGCAUACUCAAUGGGCGUCAGACACUCUGAAUUCGUAACGCCAUUAGUGGUUGCUUUUUCUGACUGACAUUAAAAUAGUCAAAGAAAUUGCAAAACAGCAACUCUACAUUACAUUGAACUUUUUAUUUUGUUCUUCACAUAACAAGGUAUUUGCUGGCAACAUUUCAAACAUAUAAUAGUAAAUUCUUAUGAUGCAAACAAAUGUUUAACAGGAAAUCCCCUCAGUACAUAUACCAAUUCCAAAGCCCAAGGGGGAAAAAAUGUUUAAAGUGAAAAAAUGACAAGUAAACAUUCCCCUUCAUAAUAUACCAUAUACAAGGUUCUAUUCACAGUGAACAAAAGGUGCUUGCUUUUUAUUACAAGCAAUAGAAAAAAAAACAACAAAACGACAGGAAAUUUUAAAGAAAAAAAGAUUUUCCUCACAAAACACUAUAACACAUAUAAAGAUGUAAAUGUAGAAGAGAUGUCCAGCUGAAUGCCAAUAAAGAUGAGCUACAAGGCGGGAGGACGGUUUCUGUUCAUUCCUUAGGAAGAGGCCUUCUGAAAAGGAGUAUGUGUGGUUCUGCAGAGCAAAGCAAGAGAAGAUGGAAACAUCAGCAUCAUUUGAAAGCAGAAUACUUGCAGACUGUUCUGGUUUGUCUUUACAAAGCUAGACGUAAGGCUCAUUGAUACUCAUAGGCAAUGUUACAGAAUAUAUUGAUGUUUUCCUGUUUGUGUAAAAAAACGUUUCUGACAACAAAGGAAGGGAUUUGUCCUGAUGGCUAACCAGUACGCCACCCCCACACACACAGAAAAUUUUUUCAACCAAUGUUUGUAUAUAUAAACUAUAAUUUCACCUUUGUUUGUGUUGGAUUAAUAAGCCUAAUUGUCUAGAAAAAGGAUCAAACAUUUAUUCUUAUAAAGUUACAAAGAAAAAAUGUCCAUCUUCAUGAGU